AUGCCCUCAAAUUCGUCGGCCAAUCCCGAUCGACCUCCGACGAGAACGAAAAAGCGGAAGAAAACGCAAUAUCAGACCCAAAUCCAAUCGGAAACCGUCAAUCCCGAGGCGAAUUUACGGAUCGAGUGGAAAUCGGACGCCCAGGAGCGAAUCUACUUGGCUAAGCUCCGCCGGCCGCCUCUUCUUGGCGGAGGACGGUCGAGGUGGAGUCGGGCGGUCCUCAUGAGCCGGCUCAAAGUGAAGUUUGCGAAGAAGAUGAGCCAGAGGAACUCUAAAGGAAUCCCAGCGUUUCAGAGGAAAGCCGGCGUUCUCGGGCGGCUGGUUCCUGGUUGCGGGAAGCAAUCGCUACCAGUGGUUUUGGAGGAAGCGGCAGAUUACAUAGCCGCGCUCGAGAUGCAGGUAUGA